CUAAAAUAACAUGGCUCCACUGAACCGCCCAGCCCCUGUGGAGGUCACAUACAGGAACAUGAGAUUUCUUAUUACACACAAUCCAACCAGUGCAACCUUAAACAAAUUUAUAGAGGACCUUAAGAAAUACGGAGUUACCACAACAGUAAGAAUAUGUGAAGCAACUUAUGACACUGCUCUUGUGGAGAAAGAAGGUAUCCAGGUUCUGGAUUGGCCCUUUGAUGAUGGUUCAUCACCCUUUAACCAGAUUGUUGGUGACUCGUUAAGUCUUUUAAACAUUAAAUUUCGUGAAGAACCUGGUUGUUGGAUUGCUGUUCACUGUGUUGCAGGUCUUGGGAGAACUCCAGUGCUUGUUGCCCUGGCACUAAUUGAAGGUGGAAUGAAAAAUAAAGAUGCAGUACAGUUUAUAAGACAAAAGCGGCGUGGAGCUUUUAACAGCAAGCAACUUUUGUAUUUGGAGAAACACCGUUCUAAAAUGCGGCUGCGCUUCAAAGACUCUAGUGGUCAUAGAAACAACUGUUGCAUUCAAUAAAACUUGGCUGCCUGCCUUGGAAGUCAAACUUGAGACAGGACUUAAUUUAUCGUACAUAUUAGCCAACAUAAUAGGCUUAAUGAAUGACAAGUCUAAUGAAGCUUCCAUAGGAAUACUGAAAAGCCACAAGCUUGACAGAAUUG